AUGGACCCCCCGUAUCUUCAAACGAUGAUGCCGGACUUCGCACGACAGGCGAGUGCGAGCCGUUUCCGGUCCUACUCGGUGAACAACAAGGAUACGUACGAGGACGAGUAUGACAACGAAGACGACGGCUACGAGCAGGAGAGUCUGGAGAGUCAAUACGAGUUGAUCCAACAACGACUUGCCGCGACCCAAGCUGCCAUUCGCGACCACAACCUGGCUGUUCAGGCAUACGCCAACCAGGCGGCUAUCAGCCGGCCCCGCGCGAGAACGGCUGGUGUCCUGGACACGCCUAAUCCCUCUCGGCUUCUUCGCAGCUACUAUCCGACACCCUCCCGGCUUGACAGCUCUAUCACCGCCGCGGAGCUCGGAUUGGCAGAUGACAAGGCGUCGACUGCCGACGACCUCGCACCUGCCAUCGCCGGAAUCAACCUUGGUCGAUCGAGCAGCCGAAACAAUGGUCUUUUGACCGCCGACGAACCGGAACUUGGUCCCACCAGCGCCCUCUGGCUCGGCAGCAUCCCCACGUCGACCACGACCACGACACUGACGGAGAUGUUCAAGCAGUUCGGCCCUAUUCUCUUCACAAGAGUCCUGACACAUAAGAACUGCGGAUUCGUGAACUUUGAGAGGAUCGACAGUGCGAUGGCCGCCAAGAACGCCUUGAAUGGCAAAGAGAUCUUCCCUGGGGCUGGCCCUGUUCGAAUCAACUUCGCAAAGCCACCAUCUGCGUCGAACACGCCUGGACACGAUGGAGCGCAGCCCUCCCCGAGCCCGAUUCCAUUCACUCAAGGACAGAACGGUACCCAAACUCCUGCAGCCGUCGGUAUUGAAGCUGCUGGACCAGGCACACCAUCAGUGCCGCCACUGUCGGAGAUGAGCGCAGAUAUUCUGAACAUAGUGAAGGAUUUCGGUGCCAAUGAGGAGGACGUUGGUCGCAUCAGUGUCAAUCUGCAAGAGGCCAUCACGUACGGUAAAUUGACCGAGGAAAUUCCUCCGAUCGGGGAGCCCACGCACACCAGGAUGUACGACGCACCCAAGCUUCGUGACAUUCGCAAGAGGAUCGACAACGCAGCUCUGUCUCAGGCCGAGAUCGAGAACAUUGCCCACGACAUGUUGCCCGAGAUUGCCGAGCUGUCCUCGGACUACCUUGGCAACACGGUCGUGCAGAAGCUGUUCGAGCAGUGCUCUGACCCAACUCGUGAUGCGAUGUUGGAGUUCAUCGCGCCGCACCUUGCUGAAAUCGGCGUGCACAAGAACGGCACCUGGGCUGCCCAGAAGAUCAUCAGCGUCUGCAAGACUGAACAUCAAAUGGGCGUCAUCAGAGACCAUCUGCGUCCGUACACGGUCUGCCUGUUCUUGGACCAAUACGGAAACUAUGUCCUGCAAGGCUGUCUCCGAUUCGGUGCCCCGUACACUGAUUUCAUCUUUGAGGCCAUGAUGAGUCGCAUGUGGCAGAUUGCCCAGGGUCGAUUUGGAUCUCGCGGUAUGCGGGCUUGCUUGGAGAGCCACCACGCCACCAAGGACCAGCAGAGACUGUUAGCUGCAGCAAUCGCACUCCACAGCGUGCAACUAGCUACUAACCACAACGCGGCCUUGCUUCUCACAUGGUUCCUGGACACCUGCACCUUCCCUCACCGUAGGACGGUGUUGGCGCCUCAACUCGUCCCGUACCUGGUCACCCUCUGCACCCAAAAGGUCGCAUACUUGACCGUCCUUAAGGUCAUCAACCAGAAGACGGAACCAGAAGCCCGCGACAAAAUUGUGCAGGCCAUGUUCUUCAGCCCCAACGACCAGACGCUUGAGGCGAUUCUCAGCGACUCCCAGUGUGGUGCAACUUUGAUCUUCAAGGUCAUCACGACGCCGUUCUUUGACGAGAACGUCCGGGGCAAGGUCGUAGAGAACGUCAAGUCUGUGCUGUCGCGCAUCAAGGCUCAGCCGGACAAGGGCUACAAGCGCUUGAUGGACGAAGUUGGCUUGUCAACUCGCAACGGCAAUGGGGCUUCCCGUGGUGAUGGAGGCAACCACCAGGAACGACACCGUGGAACUCCCAGAGCCAACAGCUCGAACAACCAGCAGCAGCGCGAGCAGCAGCAGCAGACACAGCAAGCUCAACAGCAACAAAAGCAAGCUCAGCAAGCUCAACAGCAGCAGCAACAACAAGCGCAGCAAGCUGCCGCCGCUCAGUACAACGCCGCCGCUAACAGCGGUCAGUUCUACAACCCACUCAAUGCCGCUUCCGCUGGUGCCAACGCAGGCUACGACGCAGGCUUUGCUAUCCCGCGAAGCGAUAACGUUGAUCCGUCUGUCCAACAGUACAACUCGUUCCCGUCCCAGGGCCCAAUGGCGCCUGCCAUGAACUUCCAGCAGAUGCAGUACCAGCAGAGCAUGAUGCGCGGGACUCCACCUAUGGGUGGCUAUUACCCCAUGCAGACUGGCAUUCCUUUCCCCAGCGCUAGCCCUUCCAUCGAUCAGUACCGCGGCAGCCCUGUGCCUCAGCCCGGCAUGCCUGCUCCUAACCAGAGCCCGUAUGCCGCCCCAGGAUUCCCGAUGCCCAUGUCUAUGGGAGCAGGAGGCUACGGCUACGGAAUGCCCGGCCCGGGUUAUAACUUGCCCGAUGGCGGCAUGAACGGAGGUGCACCUGGGCGCCGAGGGGGGCGUGUCGGCCGUCAGGGCCGGAAUAACACUGCCAGCCCCCGGCCUUAUUGA